CUCAUUUCCGCGUUAUUUCCUUCCAAGCGUUCCUAUGGAUUGGCGGAGCUCUUCUUAAAGCGUAUCGACAACUUUUUCGCAAGCCUAUCAUGCUUUUAUCGUUCUAAUGGUUCUCCUGGGGUGGACGUGUAACCGCGAGCGUCGAUAACUUGACUAGAUUAUGUUUUAUUGUGUUGGAAACAGUGAGUUAAGCCGAUUCAGAAAUUGUUAGGCUGCUGGUCCGGCUAACGUUAGGAAGCUAUCACUUGGGCCGGCGGUGUUUGUGCUACUUAAAAACCAUGGCCGAUGCGAACGACGGAGAGAGGACAGACGAAAAAGAGCUGAAGGGGGCAACGGGUGGUGAAGAUGUCAUGGAUGAUGUGAUCAUAGAACAGAGUGCUGUUUUACUAAGAGGGUAUGUUAUUGAACGAGUUACUGUAGAGGAUCCGUCCUUGCACGUGAGUCACGAGGAUCUAGGAGGAAGACCUCAGGAGGCAGAUGAUCCUCAGAUCAAAGAGGUUGUAGAUCAGCUUUUGAAGAUAGCCGACGACCUUAACAAGAACGCCGAACUUCAGCAUCUCAUCAGCACUGUGCAAGCAAACUGUGCCCAGGACGUCUUCAUGACCGUGGCUAGGAGCAUCUUUGAGGACGGCAUUAACUGGGGACGCGUGGUGGCUCUGUUUCACCUCGCGUAUAGGCUCAUUUACCAGGCUUUGACUCUGAACCACUUUGACAUUAUCAGGAGGGUCAUUAGCUGGGUUCUACAGUUCAUCAGGGAAAACAUUUCUGCGUGGAUCAGACAGCAAGGAGGAUGGGAGGGCAUUUUCCGCAGCGUGUCAAGAUGGCGCACUGUGUCUGUCAUUGCUGCGGUGGCUUUCAUUGUAGCUGCUGUUUACUGGAGAAGAACACGCUGAUGUGAAAUGAAAGAUGUGCCAGAUUUAAUAUUCUCACGAAUGUGCAAACUCGCAUCAAAAGCAAUACAGUGUGUAAGUUUUGUAAUCAUGUGGACCAAUCAUGGGGUCAUACAGACCAAUCAUGCUUCAUGCCUUGCUACAGUUAAAGACUUAAACAGAAACAGUCACUCAAAUACACUGUAGCCUUUUAUUUAGAUUUGUUUUUUCUUUUCUUUUUUUUUUGCAUCUCCUGCCGGCUGUUGUUGUGUCUAUUGCUUCUAUUUCAGCUGAGUCAAGAAACAUCUUUCGCCUUCAUUUAUUUAUUUAAGGGAUGCAUUGCUAUACUCAAAGAUUAAGACACUGCACUUUUUCUCCACCGGUGCCUUUUACUCUGUAAAUUCUUUCUGGCUCAGGUAUCAACUUUUUAAUGUGCCACGUAACAUACCAGCCCUACCUCAAAUUAUUUGAGACUAACUGUUUACCAAAUAUUUUUUUAAUUAUUACAUUAGGAAUAAGGGAAAGGGCUGAAAAAGUAAACUAAAUAUUUUUUUUAAGAACUCAACAGAGGUUUAAAAUGCAGUUUAAGUGGUAAAAUGACUGAAAGGUUUGCAUGUUAUUGGUGAAAUACAGUGAAUGUGGAAAAUAAUCUUUGCACACCUUGAAAUAAAUGACCAUGAAUUACUGAGA